AACUUCAGCCGCCGCCACAACCUGAGCCGCGACGAGCUGCGCGGCUUCCUCCGCCACUACGAGGAGGCCACGGAGGCCGGCAUCCGCGUGGACCACACCCGCCCGCGCUGGGACUUCACCGGCGCCUUCUACUUCGUGGGCACCGUGGUGUCCACUAUCGGGUUUGGGAUGACGACGCCCGUGACAGUCGGAGGGAAAAUCUUUCUGAUCUUCUAUGGCCUCAUUGGGUGUGCUAGCACCAUCUUGUUCUUCAACCUCUUCCUGGAGCGGCUGAUCACCGUCAUCGCCUACAUCAUGAAGUCCUGCCACCAGCAGCAGCUCCAGAGAGAGGGGGCCCUGCCCCGGGAGAACCCCAAGAACCAGGGCCUCUGCGGUGCGGUGGGCGGCCCGGCGGGCUGGAAGCCCUCCGUGUACUACGUCAUGCUGAUCCUGUGCCUGGCCUCCCUCCUCAUCUCCUGCUGCGCCUCGGCCAUGUACACCUGCAUCGAGGGCUGGAGCUACUUCGACUCCCUCUACUUCUGCUUCGUGGCGUUCAGCACCAUCGGCUUCGGGGACCUGGUCAGCAGCCAGAACGCCAUGUACGAGAGCCAGGGCCUCUAUCGCUUUGCCAACUUCGCCUUCAUCCUCAUGGGCGUCUGCUGCAUCUACUCCUUGUUCAAUGUCAUCUCCAUCCUCAUCAAACAGUCGGUGAACUGGAUCCUGAGGAAAAUGGGCAGCGGGUGCUGCCGGCAGUGCCGGGGCGGCCUCCCACGGGCUCACAGGAACGCGAUUGUGCCAGGCAACGACCCCUCAGAAACGGGCGGGGUGAUGGAGAGCGAGGCGGGUGGGCGGUGCCCCUCGGAGGAGAUGAUCUCCAUGAAGGACUUCCUGACCGCCAACAAGGUGUCACUGGCCGUGCUGCAGAAGCAGCUGUCCGAGUCGGCCAACGGCUGCCGCCUCCCUACCGGCACACAGCCUCGGGACAGCGAGUUCUCAGGGGGCGUGGGGGCCUUUGCCAUCAUGAACAACAGGCUGGCAGAGACCAGUGGGGACAGGUAGGACCGAGGAGACAAGGGGAGAGCGGCCGGGAGAGGAGCGUCCCCGAGCUCGGCUCUGCCCCUGGCUGGGCUCGUCCUGGGCUGUGCCUCCGGCUUCUUGAAGCCCAGCUUGUCUGGGCUCCAAGGAUCAGCAGGCUUUCAGGGCCGGAAGCUGAAGCCUCGAUGCCUUCCUCCUCAUCUUUAUUCUUUUCAUUUAAAUUCAGUCUUUUAAACACAAACCAUAGAGCAGCCCAAGGCGGUGGGCUGUUUCUUGGCUCCUCCUGCUCCAGGGUUUUAAGUAUUUGCUGGAGCGGGAGCGAGGGUAAGCCUUGAUCUCCUGCUGCUCUGACCUUCCUGUGGAAAUAAAACCCCUCCAGGUCCUGAUUUCCUCCUGGAAACCCGCAUGGCUCGUCCACCUCCUCCCUCCCCAGCCCUCAGCACGAGCAGGGGAAGCGUGCGGCAGGUCUGGGCUCCGGCCGCCUUCAGAGCAGGUUGCUCUGCGGUGCCACGGCCAAGGCCACCAUCUGUUUUAGUCUAUACCUGGUUCCCUGCUUUUUGCUUUUCCUUUUUUUUUUUUUUAAGAUCUUAAUGUUUGGCCAAAAGUGUCUUUGGGACCUCCGUGUGUUAAGAACCUGAAAUUCAGCAGCGAAGAGGUCGGGGAGCCUCACCUUUGAGACUAAAGAAUACGCUUGGACAUUCUCCCUGUCAGCGGGCACAGGGACCACUUCAUUCUUACCAGGCCUGGGGGCCCAUGGCGAAGAUCAUGCCUGACUGUUUGUUAGAACUGGAGAUUCAAUAAACCCUCGUUUUAUUAACUAAGAGUCCGUGCCUGCUCAUUGUGGACAGGGGGAGUGAGGUGUCUAACAAAACAGGCGUUUAUUGCACUCAGAGGCUAAGGAAGCAGGAAAUGAACCUUUGAAGAUAUGAGCCUCAUCUUGGAUUCAUGGCUGGAGAAACAUUCUAGGCCAGAAAAUAAAAU